GUUGUAAAGAGGUGGUGAGAUAGAACGGAAAGCGAGCGCUAACAAAGAAUUGACGUGUUUGGUUCUGAACCGCGACUGCCAUGACAGACAUGGCGUUCGAGUCGGUGGAACUUCCCGCGUCGCUCGUUAACGAGAUAAUCAACGGGGAGGAGGGAGCGCCAGACAUCAGCCUGCUGCAGAAGAUGACGGAAAUGCAGCACGCCAUGAACGGGAACACAGGGAUGCAGGGCACACCUUACCUCGAGAUCACUGAACAGCCCAAAUCGCGCGGGUUCCGUUUCCGGUACGGGUGCGAGGGUCCGUCCCACGGCGGGAUUCCCGGGAUACACAGCGAGAAGAACAGGAAAACAUACCCGGCUGUCAAGAUCAUUGGUUACCAAGGUUACGCCCGUAUUGUGGUGACCCUGAUGACCAAUGAGGACCAGCCGCGGCCGCACGCGCACUACCUGGUGGGGAAGCAGUGUAACGAGGACGGGUUCUGUGUGGUGCAGGUCGGACCUAAGGACAUGACAGCAACUUUCCCAAACCUGGGUGUUCUCCAUGUGACCAAGAAGAACGUCCCGUCCAUCCUGGAGAAGAGGAAGAUGAAGGAGCUGGUCGCCGCCCGCCGUUGCCAGGAGACCGGGAAGAUCAUCCCCGACUUCGACAACCUGAACGAGGAGGACAGUAACAAGUACAUCACAGACCAAGACAAGAAGCAGAUCACGAAGGAGUCCCAGGAUCAGGCGAAGCAGAUGGACCUGAGCGCGGUGCGGGUCUGCUUCCAGGCCUUCCUGCAGGACGAGAACGGGGCGUACACACGAACCCUCGCUCCGGUCAUAUCAGACGCUGUGUUCGACAGCAAGGCCCCGAACGCCUCCACGCUGAAGAUCUGUCGGAUGGACCGCCACUCCGGCUGCGUAACCGGCGGCGACGAGGUCUUCCUGCUGUGUGACAAGGUGCAGAAAGAUGACAUCCAGGUGCGUUUCUACGAGGAGGCAGAUGAUUCGACCAAUGGGGGAUCAGAGUGGGAGGCAUACGGAGACUUUGGGCCUGCGGACGUCCACAGACAGUUUGCCAUCGUGUUUAAGACCCCGCCGUACCACAACAUGGCUAUCGAGAGGCCGAUCAGUGUGCACGUUCAGCUGCGUAGGAAGUCAGACGGGGAACUCAGCGACCCAAAACCCUUCACCUACCAGCCCCAGCAGUUUGAUAAAGAAGAGAUCGGCAAGAAAAGGAAGAAGACAGUUCCACACUUCAACACCCACUUCGGGGGAGGGGGGCCAGGAGGGCCCACUGCAGGAGGAGGGGGGUUCGGUCCUGGAAUGUACGGGGGUGGUUUUGGAUUUGGCAGCACCAUCGGCGGCGGAACGUUCCACUUUGGAGGGGGUGGGGCCUUCCAGGCGUAUGGCGGAGGGGGUGCCAUGAAGGAUCAGGGUUCCGUGGAUCGACCAAUCAGACAGCCUGAGGAGGACGAUGACCUGGUUGUCGACAGCGCCCUGCCCGACGACGACGAUGACCUCAUCACAGACUCCGCCCCCAUGGAGGACUCCAUGGCGAUGAGCCAGGCUCACAUUGGAGGGGAUGCCCAGGCAGGGCUGAAGGGGCAGGCUGUCAGCUUGGGGCCGCAGCCGUGGAAACCCAGCGCCUUCACUAAACCUGAUCCUGCAGUCAAACAGAAAGGUACGACGGGACCCAGCCGGGGUGCCCUGCAGUACGGGGAUGUUGCCUGGCAACUGGCGGAGCGAACGGCCAACGCCCUGCGAGACUACGCCAUCACGGGGGACGUGCGGAUGCUGCUGGCCGUGCAGCGCCACCUCACAGCUGUGCAGGACGACGAGGGAGACACAUCGUUGCACCUGGCCAUCAUCCACAGUAACCCCCUGGUGGUGCAGAACCUGCUGCACGUGACCUUGACCCUGCCCGACGCACGGGUCAUCAACCAGUACAACCACCUCAGACAGACUCCCCUGCACCUGGCUGUGAUUACCCAGCAGCCCCAGGUGGCGGACCUGCUGGUGCGCUGCGGAGCAAACCCCUGGCUGCCCGAUCGCCAUGGCAACUCAGCUGUGCACCUGGCGGCUAAGGCUGGCGAUGAGAAGAGUCUCCAGGCCAUCCUGCGGAACAUCCCAGCCCAGGCACCCGGUGUCGCCAACACUCCUGACAUCAACGCGCAUAACUUUGAGGGCUUCACACCUGUGCACCUGGCCGUGAUGGCGAGUAACCUUGGGGCGCUGAAGGAGCUGGUCAUGGCCAAGGUGGACGUGAACGUUCCUGACGGGAAGAGCGGGCGGACAGCGCUGCAUCACGCGGUGGAGAACGAGAACCUGGCCAUCACCGGGUACCUCAUCCUCGAGGCGGGAGCGGACGUCGAUGCCCAGAACUUUGACGGGAACUCCCCGUUGCACGUGGCGAGCGGCAGGGGCAUGCUGGGAAUGGCGGCCCUGCUGAUGGCGGCCGGCGCCGAUCCCGGGCUGGAGAACUACGAGGCUAAGGACGAGGAGGAGGAAGGUCAAGGGUCAGAGGUCGCAGAGGCCAAGGGUCAGACUCCACUGGACCUGGCAGCCUCAGAUGAGAUGAGAGACAUCCUGAGCGGAAAGCCGUACGUGCCCAAACACCAGCGGCCCGACGUUCCGCACUUCACUCACACCAAAGGCACUGGGGACCUGACCAGAUUGGACAGCACAUCACGGGUCUUCCUUUCAAAGGCACUUGACGAGAGCAGCCCCGGACGGGACUGGGGGGCGCUGGCCGAGCGGCUGGGCCUCGGUAACCUUAGCAACGCCUUCAAGCUCCGCCCGAGCCCCACCACUGCUCUUCUGGAGAACUUUGAGAUGAUGGAGGGAACAGUUGCUAAGUUACGGGCAGGCCUGGAGGAAAUUGGUCGUCAUGACACCAUCAGCAUCAUUGAUGGAGCCAUGAAAGGCAAGCCUGAGGUUUCCAUGGUUACAGGAGCGCCUACUAUGGCAACAGCACCAGCCACCCUGGAUGCCGAGAAGGUCAGGGGUCACAUCGCCAGCCCGAACUUUGACUCGGGGCUGGAACAGUCCAUUGUGUCCAUGCAGCUGUCCAGCGGGGAGGGGAUGACAGAUGUCAGUCACCACAAAGGGGCGGGGCAGGCUGACACGGCGAGAACGGCGGACGUGCACUAGUCCGCUCCACCCUGUCCUCUGCACUGUGUUCCACUGACAGCAGUCUGGUACUCUGUGACUAAUCUUGUAUAUUUCAGAUUCCAUUAAUGCCCCUAUGUUGAGCAGCUUUAAGUGAAGAGAGAAUUAUUUUAAGAUAACAUAAUAUAAUAGAAUGAUAUGAAUGGUGUGAUCUGUAUUGUUCUGGACUGUGUGAGAGUGAACAUGUAGCUAAGAUCUCUUAUGUACGAAUAAUAUUCCCGUGUUUUAUAGGAUGCGAGAUUUUUUACUUAAAGAAAUGAUGUGCUCACAAAAUUACCUGGAAUCAAGUGUGCUACACAGUGUAUACUAAAAGAUUUGGUCUUGAAAUGAAAGCAAAAAUAUAGAAAUAUAAAAGUUGUACCUUGCACCAAGGAGGUUUUUAACCUCUUUGCUUGCACAUAGGACUUAGGAGUCUAAUGCCUUAUGCCUUGUGCUUGUACAUGUGUGUGCUCUGCUGACAAUACUCCCUCUGGGGGCAGGUGUUUGGCACAAAAUGUGUACUGGUUAGACGGUUAGGCUGCACAGAGAAGGUUAUGUAAACUGUAAUAUUGUAUAACAUGGACGCCUUUUAGGGCGGUAAGAAUUUUUUUAUAAAUGAUAAGAAUACAAUAAGAAUACCAAGUUAACUUAACUUUCAAGCCAGCUUAUGAUAUGAAAAGCACACUUUGUAAUAGACAUUAGAAAUAAGCUUGUUAUAGCGAAGUAUGUGUCCCAAAGGAGGCAACUUGGACUGUGUGCUGAAAUAUAGUAAAUAUUUACUUCUAUGUUUCUACAAUUCUUGUUUGGCUGCUUGCUGAAAUGGUUGACAAGUUUUGUUCUCUACUUUGUAAAUACAUAUUAAGUCAUGUAGGAGUUUUAUUUUAGGUGUCCUAUCAAAUGUUAUUCAAGUCUAUCAAAAAGUAUUUUGUCAUCAUGAUCUGUUGUUUGAUCUAAAUGAUUUCAGACAGGAUCCUCAUAGAAGGAUGCUGUGGUCUUUUAUUAUUACUUUAUAUAAAGAUGGAGUAUUAUGAAAAGUACAAAAAUGUAUGUUGCAAAUUUAUACUGAGUGUCUUUCUUUAUUCUUUGGUGAUUGGUAAAACCAAAAAUGCAGUUUUAUAUCCAGAAACUGAGGAAAGGUAAUGGUGGUUGAAGAUGGAUGCUGUCUUGAUUAUCUUAAGCUGUAAAUUUGUUUGAAAAUAAACUUUCUUAGAGUGAACAGAAAAAAA